AUGAACGUAAACGACUUCAACAAGGACUAUUCCGACGAUGAUUCAGUAUCGGUAGACCUAUCUUCGACCGGAACAAAUACUGAAAGUGAUCGGCAGGCCAAGUCCGACGAACGCGACGAAACCAAGGAAGUCCAAAGAUUGGCUGCUUCGGAGACGGCACACAUUCGUUUCUGGCGUUUGGUGGUUGUGUCUUUGCUACUCAUAUCAGGUGCCGUGCUUUCAACGUUCACCUACGUUUUCCUUAAUGGCGAAGAGAAAGACGACUACGUAGAUGCUUACUACCUAUUUGCAAACACUGUCCGUGACAUUACACGCUUUCGGGCGGGUAAUAUGUUUGAGGCCUACCAGGGACUAGGAGAAACGUUGACGGCACACGCGACCAACAUGAACUUGACCUUUCCGUUUGUCUCGUUGCCGAUGUUCGAAGUCGCGGGUCGACAUACUUUAGCCCAAUCGCGCAACGAACUUCUAUUUUUUGCGCCGUUUGUCGCGGGUGACCGAAAAGAGGAAUGGGAGCAAUAUGCUGUUGAGCAUCAGGGGUGGCUUGAUGAGGGCCGAAAGAUUCGACUGGAAGCGGAUCAGACCUUACAAGAGAUCUUGAUCUAUCGCCACUGGGGCGUGACUAUCUGGCAGACAUCUCCUGUUCCUUUCACCUCUUCUCUCCAGAAUUUCAACGUGCGGUCGUUUGAAAAUACGGAAUUUGUCAUGGACACCAUGCGACUAUUGAAAAACUCGGUCUUGACCUGGGUGGAGGACGCGUCACGAACCUCAGGAGCAGUAUGGAAUGAGAAAGACCACGAUGCCUUCCAUGCUCAAUUUGUAACAAGUACCGGUAGUGAGAGUCCUCAUGAUCGCCCGCAUACAUCAAUAUACACACCAAUUUUUGAGCAACUGGGGAAUCGCAAUUCCAACAUUGUCGGAUUUCUUGCGGGAAUUACAGCUUUUGAUGCCUACUUGGCUGAUCUGCUCCCCGAUAAACCAUAUUGCAUAUUCUCCUACGAAUUGACCGGAAACCGCGCGUUGUAUCUCGGAGACGGUGAUCGACACGAAACCGCCUUCAACCAAUACGAAGUCGUCGUUCCCUUCAACGCCUAUCGAGACCCCGAGCUCGCUGCCAACACGGACGGGCAUUGCCGGUACUCUCUACACAUCUACCCCAGUCAGCAGUUUGCUCAGGGAUACAAGUCCAGCCUUCCCAUCGUCUUCACUUCCCUCGUGGCAGCCACCUUCUUCCUCAUGGCUCUGACCUUCUUGGUCUACGACCGCUUCGUCCACCGCCGUAACAUCAAAGUGGUUAAUGCCGCUGCUCGAUCUAACGCCAUCGUGUCAUCGCUGUUCCCUUCUAAUGUCCGUGAUCGCUUGUUUGAAGAUGCCAAGGCAAGAAGCGACGUCAACCAGGCCGCCCACUCUCGUCUCAAGACGUUCCUGCACAAUGGUGACUCCUCUGAUACCGCCAUCACUGACGAGAAUGCGCAUCACAGUGACUUCUUCAAGACCAAGCCCAUUGCUGAGCUGUUUCCCCAUACCACCAUCAUGUUUGCAGAUAUCAGCGGCUUCACGGCAUGGAGCUCGUCUCGAGAGCCGGCACAAGUCUUCCAGCUGCUGGAGACCCUGUACCACUCGUUCGACGAGACGGCCAAGAAGCGUCGUGUCUUCAAAGUCGAGACGGUCGGCGACUGCUACGUUGCCGUUGCUGGACUGCCCGAUCCGCGAAAGGAUCAUGCCGUAGUCAUGGCUCGAUUUGCCAAGGACUGCAUGCACCAGAUGCACUCGCUGACAAGAAAGCUGGAAGUAUCUCUAGGCCCGGACACGGCCGACUUGUCCCUACGAAUUGGGUUACACAGCGGACCUGUGACUGCCGGUGUCCUGCGCGGGGAGCGGUCUCGUUUUCAGCUCUUUGGAGACACCAUGAACACGGCAGCAAGGAUGGAAAGCAACGGAAUUCGCGGUCGCAUUCAGAUCUCGCAGGAGACGUCCGAUCUGCUUGCAGAUGCUGGCAAGACCCAGUGGUUCGUUGCACGCGAGGAUACGAUUGUGGCCAAGGGAAAGGGCGAGCUCAACACGUUCUGGCUUUCAGUGGGAGAUGUGGGUAAGGGGAGGUCGACAACCGACACAACGCACAGUAGCGACGAUGUUUUUGCGCCCAACAACUACAACAGCUCUGUAGCGUUGGAUGGUCUGAUGACGACCAGUGCCGAGUCAGAUCAGCAGGUCUACAACCUCGUUUCGAAUAAGACCUCGCGUCUCAUCGACUGGAACGUCGAUGUACUAUCGCGAUUGAUCAAACAAAUCGUGGCGCGUCGCAAGGCCUCCAAGGUACCAAAGAAGGACUCGUCCAAGCAAUACUUCUGUCCCGGCGACAACCGAGGAGCCGGGACCACGGUCCUGGACGAGGUGACGGAGAUUCUGGCUCUGCCGGAGUUCGACGCGGAUGCUGCUCGUCGCCAGCAGGAUCCUGAGAACAUCGAGCUAGAUGACAGUAUCACGUCACAGCUGCAGCAGUACGUGUCCAAUGUGUCUGCCAUGUACCGGAACAACCCCUUCCACAACUUUGAGCACGCCUCGCACGUGACCAUGUCAGUGGUGAAGCUGUUGUCCCGUAUUGUGGCUCCCGUGGAUGUGGUGGUGUCGGACGGGAAGAACCAGAAGCGGUCCUUCGCCUCCAAGCUACACGAUCACACGUACGGCAUCACGUCGGAUCCUCUGACUCAGUUUGCUUGCGUCUUUUCGGCACUCAUUCAUGACGUCGACCACAGUGGAGUUCCCAACGCGCAGCUAGUGAAGGAGAACAGUAAGAUUGCUACAUUCUACCAGGGGAAAAGUGUUGCCGAGCAGAACUCCGUGGAUCUAGCUUGGGACCUGUUGCUAGACGACAGCUUCAAAGACCUACGAGCCGCCAUCUUUGCCACGGACGUGGAGAAGGCCCGGUUCCGACAGCUGGUAGUCAACUCCGUCAUGGCAACGGAUAUCAUGGACCCGGAUCUCAAGGCUAUUCGUAACGCACGCUGGGAGAAGGCCUUUUCAGCCUUCCCUAAUAUGCAGGAAGACCUGAAAGACGUGACAAACCGCAAGGCGACGAUUGUAAUCGAGCACCUGAUCCAGGCCUCCGAUGUGGCACACACCAUGCAGCACUGGCACAUAUACCGGAAGUGGAAUGAGCGACUGUUCCUGGAGCUCUACCAGGCCUACAUAGCCGGUCGAGCAGAAAAGAGCCCGGAAACAUUUUGGUACAAGGGCGAGCUGGGCUUUUUCGACUUUUACAUCAUUCCACUGGCUAUGAAGCUGAAGGAAUGCGGUGUAUUUGGAGUGUCGAGCGACGAGUAUCUGAACUACGCGAUGCGCAAUCGCAAGGAAUGGGAAGACCGUGGUCAGGAAGUGGUGCGCGAAAUGAUGGAAAAGAUCAAAGGUGGGACUUGA